AUGCUGAAACGGCCGGGAAUGUUCACUCCAAACACAACACCAUCUAAAAUAGCCACGUGGACUGUUAAUGAGACGACACCUAGAAAAAGAGGUCCGUCAUUGGCUCUGACAGCGAGUCCAACGAAACAGAUACAGAAGAGAAGCGCAUUUUCAAGAGAGCUCUUCAAGACAUAUAUUUUCUUCGAUUUGGAAUGCACGGGGCUCAUUAAGAACGAUGACACUCGAAAUUUACAAAAUCGUCCGUUCGAAAGAAGCGAAGAGCACUAUAACAUCCUGAAUCAGUUGUGCAUAGAAACUCGAAAAGACGAACUACCGUAUAUCACUGAAAUGAGCUUCAUGGCGAUUUCUAGUGAAACUUUCGAUGAUUUAAAGGCCGAAAGAAUGAAGAAUCUGAAAUGGAACGAAGAGAAUCCGGAUAACCAGAAAGAUCUGGCAAAGUACGUUCCAGCGAAUACUCAUACAAGACAGAUCAACCCAGUUUUGAUGUCUGAUGGAGAAUGGGCUUCUUACGAAAGAUUCAGAUUGGCAGAUCGGAGAGGAGUUUUGGUUCAUUCGAAAAAGGAUUGCCAGAGAAACAACUCGUUCAAAGAAGAGUGGCCAGCAGUCAUUCAAUUCUUCAACUCUUUUCCGAAACCAGCUCUUCUGGUUGGUCACAAUGCUAUAAAAUAUGACUUCCGAGUAAUCUAUGGUGAACUUCAACGAAACGACUUACUCGAGGAUUACGGUAUACCACCAGAUGUCUACUUUGUCGAUAGCUAUUGGAUGGCAAAAAAAGUCGAGGAAACAAUUGUGAAAGAGCUCGUUACGGUGUGCAAAUAUAUCAAGUUUCCAAAAAUUCCAAAAGCCGAGGUAGAAGACGUCCUGUUGUUGGCUGAAGAAUCGUGCAACGAAACUAUCUUAGAACCAUCAACUUCCGCAGACGAUCAUCCAGCGAACAUUCUGGAUUGGGAUAAAUUUUCAGUUUCUCUCCGCAAACGCAUCCGAAAAGAGGGUUUCGUUAGAACCACGAAUGGAUGGACCUACAAACAUGGCGAUAACAAAUUCGGUUUAGCUGCUCUCUACGAGCAGCUUGUUGGGGGGAAAUACAGUGCUCACUAUGCUCAACAAGAUACCGAAGCACUGAUGCACGUUUGCCUCAGCUACGGAAACGAAUUCACUCAAUAUCUUAAUGAGAAUGCCAGUGCUGUUCCAUUUUAA